AUGAUCCGUUGUUCGAUGCGAGUUGUGUUGCAAUCGCGCGUUCCGGUGCGCGGGAUAAGUUUCUUUAAAAAGCCGGCGAAGAAAACGGAAAAUACGGAAAGCGUCGAUCUUGAAAAGCUGGCUUCUCAAUCCGAAAUGACAACUCGAAGUGACAACUCGUUUGCUGAUGGAAUUCUUCCACGUCCGAGACAAAGCGACUUCGAUGCCGAGAUCCUCGCUGCCCGAGGGUUUCUGCGUAAUUACAAGCCAUACCGUCCGCCUGUGGAUGUUGACGCCAAAAUAACCCAAUUGAAGGAAGACGUUUUCGGGGUAGGCGUUGGAGAAGAAGCCCAAUUCCCGGAUCUCAGCCAAAAGUGGAAGUUUCUGCAUGCUUGCGACAAGGCAUUCAACCACCGGGUGCCCAAUUCAAUGCUUCAUCGUGUUAAUAGUCCUGCUGAAACCAGGGAUUUUUACAAGACUGAAAUCGACGUUCGCAAUCCUUUGGAAAUGACGAAGGAUAUCGACUUACCGCCGAAUUUGCACGUUAUUCAUGAACCCACUCGUUUCCAUCCACAGACGGACACGAUGUUCGGCGGAGUUUCUGCGUUUCCCGGAAGUUCAACGAUUGUCACGGGUUUGAAAGCGAGGUUGAAGUACGCUGGGUACAAGGCGAAACCCAGGAAGGGUUGGUUGAAGGGAAUUGCUGCGUGGUUUUUCUUCUUCAAAGAAAUGAAUGCCGUUGAGAAACGGAAGCCAGAGUAUGGUGUGCACCCCUCUACCAUCAGCACCAUCCUUGCCAUGAAAAAGAAAAUCAUGAUGUCUAAAGUUGCAAAAGGAAUGACAAAAGUUGGUUCCAGAAGCAUAAUCCUGGAAGAAAUGGAGAAGCUCUUGGCCAUCUGGAUAAAUGAUAGGCAGAUCAUCAAUGCAGAUGAGUCUGGGCUUGGUUUGAAGAAGGAGGAUCUCAGCACAGAGGAGCUUCAGCAGUUGUUGCAUGAUGAAGAUUUUCAGGGAGCUGAGCAGGUGCUUCCAUCUAUGGAUGAAAAAGGCGGCCAGCACAUUUCAAUUCCUGAAAUCAAAAAGAUUUUGAAGGAUUGGGAGAAUGUUCAAGGAUUUGUGGAAAUGCAUCACCCAAACCUAGCUGAAGUCAUCACAGCUGCUGAUAUUUUUGAUGACACAGCUAUGAAGCACUUCAGACAGCUCCUGAAAACAAAGAAACCAAAGCAGACUACAAUAGAUGCAUUUUUCAAGAUUUCCUCUCCAGGAGGCAAUGCAUAG